AUGAUCUUUUCUAAAAAAAUUCUUAAUCUUGCACCAACAUAUCCAUCUAGUUUAUUAUCAGCUGCACUUGAUUUGAUCAAACAUUUUCUUGAAAAAGAACCAACCCAACGUUUUACUUAUGUUGCUGAGGAUAGUUUAAGUCAUAUUGCAUCUCGAUCAGUUUUAUCAAUGACACUAUCCAGUGUAGCUUGUUCACAAUCAAAUAUAUAUCUUGUUGAUCCUGAUUAUUAUCAUAAACAUCAAAAUAUUCAUAAUUUACCGACACAAUAUUCUGUAUCAACAAUUAAUAUACCAUCAAUGGCUAUUGAUGCAUCAUCAUCAGUACUUAAAAUUGCUAUAAAAAUUUACGAACAACAAUUAAUGAAUGAACGUCUUAUAUGUAUACAACGAAUGAUGACUAGUGGACAAAAUAUUGCUUCAAUAUUUAAUGAUUAUCCACAUUUUGCUCAACAAAUAAUGUCUUAUAUGGCAGCUACUCAACAAGGACCAGAUGUUAUUGAAAUAAUGGGUGAAUAG